AUGUCGGUGAACGUCCAAGAUGGCAGCGCGGAGUCUGGGGCGGACGCUGGUGGGAGCUGUGCCAAGGUCUUUUCUUGCCACCACACCUCCUGGUCCGUGCACUCAUCAGUGCCUUUGGAGUUACUGGAGAUUCCGUCAACAAAGAACCACACUGCCACGCCAGUGGGCAGCGAGGUCUACGUGUUCGGAGGCUAUGACGGCCAGAAGAACCACAAUGAGCUCUAUGUCUUCGAUCUUCGAUCCAUGGAGUGGAGACAGCCUUCGGUUGGUGGGCAGAAGCCCAGUGGCAGGAACGGCCACUCCGCGACUUUGUUGGCGGGAGGGGCUCAGAUCCUGAUCCUUGGCGGCUGGUUGGGCAAUGGUCCGCUCGCGGCAGGUGACAUGCACCUGCUGAAUCUUGACCCAUUGAAGUGGGUGCCGCCCCGUUUUACUGGGGAGCCGCCUGGGCCGUGCAACAUGCACACUGCGGACUUGGUCGGUAAGAAUUUGCUCGUUUUCCGCGGCGGCGAUGGUCGGGCAUAUUUGAACGAUCUGCACGGCCUUGACUUGGACACCAAUAGCUGGUUCUCCGUGAAGACCUCGGGCGAGCAGCCGCCUCCAAGAGCCAAUCAUGCUUCGGCAGUUGAUGAUUACAGGCUCUACAUUUUUGGCGGUUGGGAUGGUUCCAAGCGGCUGAACGACCUCUACGUUCUGGAUAAUCGGGAUGGCGUGUGGACCAUGCUGAAGCCAACAGGAUACGCUCCGCAGGCCCGGGCUGGGAUGACUCUCUCCAUUAUUCGGGACUGCUUGUACUUGUUCGGCGGCUCGGGGCAUACCACGCGCUGCUUCAACGACGUACACGUCUACGAUCCGGAGGAGCAGGCCUGGUUCCUUUGUGUGCAGUCGCCCUACGAAGCCGUCGAACGCAUCGGCCCGGCGCGCCGGGCCGGGCACGUGGCUGUGGUUGUUGACCGCCGGCUCUUCAUCAGUGGCGGAGCCUGCGGGACUCAGUACUACGGCAAAGGCAAGUGGUACAUCCUCGAUACAGAUGCACCCCCACUUAUUGAAGUGGCAGCGCCGCCUGUUUGCGCCGACUCUGUCAGGAGAGUCAUGAGCGAGUACCUGAACAAGCAAGAGUUCUCCGACGUCAGCUUCCUCGUUGAAGGUCGCCGGAUCUAUGCACAUCGGAUACUUCUGACCCUCUUCUCCGACUAUUUCCGACGAGCGUUUGCCUGUGGCAUGCGCGAGUCCUUCGAGCCUGAGAUCCUCAUUGAGGACAUGUCCUACGAAACCUUCCACGCGCUGCUCGAGUUCCUGUACAUUGGCAGGCUCCACGUUUCGCAGGCACAGCAGACCGACGUCUGCUUCCUGAUGGGCCUCCUUAGGGCAGCUGACCAAUUCUGCGUGGAUUGUGUGAAGCAGAUGUGCGAGAAACACCUGAGCGCUCUUGUGGACAUAGAGAACGUGGAAG